AUGGCUACAACAGGAAAGAUAUCACGUGAAGUUGAAAUCAAAUGUCAUCGUCACCUGGUCUUUGAACUCUUGAAGCACAGGCCACACGACACAUCAAUCGUCGACCCUGAGAGGAUUGAAGCUUGCCAUUUAGUUUUUGAUGGAGCAAAGGGAACUGCUAAAGAAAUCAUUGAAGAAAUUGAUGAUGAAUUACACAAAAUUGUGUUCAAAGUGAUUGAAGGAGAUAUCUUGGAGGUGCAUAAUUCAUUUAGUUUCAUCCUUAUGACCAAAGAUGUGGGCGAUAAGAAGUUUGUUAUCUGGACUAUAGAGUUCGAGAAAGCAAACCCAAGUAUAGUGGAUCCAACAUCGUAUCUGGACUUGGUUUGUGCAAUAACUGGAAAUAUUGAUUCUCAUUUUCUCAAGUAACCAUGAUGUAGCAGAUAUAUUCACUAAAUAACUGUCGCUGACAUUAUCAGCUCCAACAGGGACUUGCUUGGUGUUAUGGUGUUAAAGGGAAGUGGUUGUCCAAUAAAUAAAUGUGAGCUGGUUUAUUUAUAAAUAUUGAUGCUUGUGAAGAUAUUUAUUUGUAUUGUAUACUAUCAUGGUGUUAUGGUGUAUUUCAGUUACUUGUGUGGGAAUUGUUUCAUCUUUUGCUUGAUUUUUGAAACUAAAACUCACUUUUGAUAGUUA